CGGAUUCAAUUCCUCAGAAAACACAACUGAAAAGGAUAAAGACAAAACCGGCUAACCUGCAUAGCCCAGUUAAAAAAACAUUAAAAAAUUGCCGAAGACGCAGGACCGGCGACCUCUCCAACAGGUUCCGCAUUUUCCCGGUUGUUGGGAUGAUAUUGACUUUGACCCCAAACACCCGUUGCAGAUCCAAGCUCACAUUCAUGAUCGAUCAUCACCAUCGUCACCAGAUACCUCUCAGCCAAACGCCACCAAGAACGUGGCGCGCUCGCAUUUUGAAAACGACCUCCAUGGAUGCCAUGACUUGUUCUGUUCUUUCAACGUUUUAGAUAGAGAGAGAGAAUGAAUUUUGAUUUUUCUACGAUGAUGAUGAGAUAUUGAUUAAUAAAUAAUAAUUGUUGAAUAUAGUUGUUUAUCGGCAAGUGGUGAGCAGCAUGUAUAUCAAUAUGGUGAAUGGAAGCCCUAGAUACGGCAUACAAGGAAGAGAGGUGUUUCGGGUUUGCCGCCGUCAAUUCUUUAUACAUGGGCGUUUGUAGGAGCUUGAGAUUCAGAUUUCGUUCUCUUCUUCGAUCUAAGCCUCUGUUUCCCACGCACUUGGCAGCCAUGAAAACAAGAAAGAUUUUUGGGAUUUCUCUCUCUCUCUUUCUUAUCAACCUGGCCUCUAUAAUGGAGCGAGCUGAUGAAAAUCUCCUUCCAGCUGUUUAUAAAGAAGUCAGUGAAGCUUUCAGCGCUGGGCCAUCUGAAUUGGGAUAUCUCACAUUCAUACGUAACUUUGUGCAGGGACUCGCAUCACCCUUGGCAGGUGUUCUAGUUAUCAGUCAUGACCGCCCUACUGUUCUUGCAAUGGGCACUGUUUGCUGGGCUAUAUCAACAGCUGCAGUGGGUGCAAGCCAGCAGUACAUGCAAGUUGCAUUCUGGAGAGCAGUAAAUGGCUUUGGACUAGCAAUUGUGAUACCGGCACUCCAAUCUUUCAUAGCUGAUAGCUAUAAGGAUAGUGUGAGGGGGACUGGAUUUGGGUUUCUAAACCUUAUCGGUUCUUUAGGGGGCAUAGGAGGUGGAGUUUUAGCAACAGUUAUGGCUGGUCAGCAAUUCUGGGGCAUACCUGGAUGGCGUUGUGCCUUCAUUAUGAUGGCAACACUGAGUUCAUUAAUUGGGUUUCUUGUUUUUCAGUAUGUGGUUGACCCAAGAAGAACAAUUAACAUUACACAUGAUAGUGGUGAGAACUCUGACAGGAACAGUUUGUUAGAUAAAAGCAAAGCCAGUUCAGUGUCAGUUUGGCUGGAGUCUUGGACAGCCACCAAAGCUGUUAUAAAAGUGCAAACAUUUCAGAUCAUUGUCUUGCAGGGUGUUGUUGGUUCACUACCAUGGACUGCCAUGGUUUUCUUCACCAUGUGGUUUGAACUAAUUGGUUUUGAUCAUAACAGCUCAGCAGCACUCCUCAGUGUUUUUGCCAUUGGAUGUGCAAUGGGGUCCCUCCUUGGUGGAUUAAUAGCAGAUCGAAUGUCACAAAUCUAUCCUCACUCAGGCCGUAUCAUGUGUGCUCAGUUCAGUGCUCUCAUGGGCAUCCCAUUUUCAUGGUUCCUUCUUACAGUGAUUCCACAGUCAGUGAGCAGCUGGUUCACUUUUGGCACCACCCUCUUUCUCAUGGGGCUAACCAUCAGCUGGAAUGGCACAGCUGCAAAUGCUCCCAUGUUUGCGGAGGUUGUCCCUGUCAAGCACCGGACCAUGAUCUAUGCAUUUGAUCGUGCUUUUGAAGGAUCCUUCUCUUCUUUUGCCGCCCCCAUGGUUGGAAUUCUUUCAGAGAAAAUGUUUGGCUAUGAUCCAAAGACUGUUGAUCCAGUUUCAGGGUCUGCACAGGCAGCCUUCGCCUUGUCAAGAGGUCUUCUUUCAAUGAUGGCAGUUCCAUUCGGUUUAUGUUGCUUGUUUUACACACCGUUGUAUGUGGUUUUCAGGCGGGACCGAGAAAAUGCUAGAAUUGCUAGUUUGAAAGAGGAAGAGAUGAUGUGAGAAGCCUUAUUUUAGUUCCCUGGUAUAAAAUUUUCUGAAUCAUACUGUUUUGAUCA